GAAGAGCUUGUGUUUUGGUUCUAGGGGGAAGUUGCGAGAAGAAAGAAAGGAGGAGACGUGACGGGAUUGAUGAAAAUUAUUUUCUUGGUUUUCCCAACACCGCCGCUCCACAGUGUUACGGGUUUGGUUUGCAAAUAUUGCUGCGGUGGUAUUUAAAGUCGAAGUCGUCGUCUGGCUCUCAGCAGAGCUGCUGAUAGUGAAUUUUGGCACACAGGACACCAGGGGAUCUGUCUAGGCCAUGGCCAGUCGGGCAGGAACUACGAGACCCAAUGGACCCAAUGCAGGGAACAAGAUCUGUCAGUUUAAGUUGGUGCUGUUGGGGGAGUCAGCUGUUGGAAAGUCCAGCUUAGUGCUCCGUUUUGUCAAGGGCCAGUUCCAUGAAUUUCAGGAGAGCACAAUAGGAGCGGCCUUUCUCACCCAGACAGUGUGUCUAGAUGACACAACAGUGAAGUUUGAAAUCUGGGACACUGCGGGUCAAGAGCGUUACCACAGUUUGGCACCCAUGUAUUACAGAGGAGCACAGGCUGCCAUUGUUGUCUACGACAUUACAAACGAGGAGUCUUUUGCACGAGCAAAGAACUGGGUGAAGGAGCUGCAAAGACAAGCUAGCCCUAAUAUAGUCAUCGCUCUGUCUGGCAACAAGGCUGACUUGGCCAACAAGAGAGCUGUUGAUUUCCAGGAUGCCCAGUCCUAUGCCGAUGACAACAGUUUACUUUUCAUGGAGACGUCAGCCAAGACAUCUAUGAAUGUGAAUGAGAUAUUCAUGGCAAUUGCAAAGCGAUUGCCGAAGAGUGAGCCCCAGGCUCCUGGAACCAACAGCGGCCGCAGCCGAGGCGUGGACCUGACAGAACCCGCCCAGCCAGCCAAGGCGCCAUGCUGCAGUAACUAACGUGAAGAACGCCUUCCUCUCGCCCAACCUGUAUAGCAGUAAUUAAUGUGGCCGAUGCCACUCCGGUUACUAAAACAAUAUGCUGUCUCCAAAUCGCUGAUCUACAAAACCAG